AUGAACAGCCUUCGGGCGGUUUUUGCCGGUGCUGAAGCUGUGACCUUGAUAUCAACUUGGGCAUUCGGUCGUCGUCACCAACAAGCACAAAAUGUAAUCGACGCUGCUAAGGAGUGUGGUGUCCGACGAAUUUGCUACACUUCAUUCGUGGGUGCCGAUGAUCCAGCACCAGUUGAUGAAAUGCCUUUUUUGCCUCGAGACCACAAACAAACCGAGGCUCUCAUCCAUGCCUCCGGCUUGGAAUACAACAUUCAACGUGACUACUUAUACGUUGACAACAUCCCCAACUUCUUCGCUCCGUCCUGGAAAUUCUGCGAUAAUCGCUGGAUUUCGAAUUCGGGAGGAGUUCCUGGUGCCUAUGUCGCACGCGAAGUAAUGCUGAGUGGCUUAUGA